UAAACGUUUGGGGGCUUUCUGCUUUGGGAAAGUUCGUCUUGCAUCAGUGUUCUCGGGGUUUUGACAGCGUAUAGUGUGUUUGGAACGCUAAGUGUUAUUCUUCAUUUAUUUUUUCCCUCCUCUUAAGUAAAACAAAAAAACACAGUCACCAUGGACGCCAUCAAGAAGAAGAUGCAGGCGAUGAAGCUUGAGAAGGAUAACGCCAUUGAUAAGGCCGAUACCUGUGAAUCUCAAGCUAAGGAUGCCAAUGCCCGCGCCGACAAAUUGCAAGAAGAAUUGCGCGAUUUGGAGAAGAAAUUGGUACAAGUUGAUGUUGAUUUGGUAACAUCCAAGGAACAAUUGGACAAGGCCAACCGCGAAUUGGAAGAGAAGGAGAAACAAUUGACCACCACCGAAUCUGAGGUAGCCACUUUGAAUCGUAAAGUGCAACAGAUUGAAGAAGAUUUGGAAAAAUCUGAAGAACGCUCCACCAGCGCCCAACAAAAAUUGCUGGAAGCCACACAAGCCGCUGACGAGAACAACCGUAUGUGCAAAGUAUUGGAGAACCGUUCACAGCAGGAUGAGGAACGUAUGGAUCAAUUGACCAACCAAUUGAAGGAAGCCCGUAUGUUGGCUGAAGAUGCUGAUACCAAAUCCGAUGAAGUAUCACGUAAGCUGGCCUUCGUUGAAGACGAGCUGGAAGUGGCUGAAGAUCGUGUCAGGUCCGGUGAAGCCAAGAUCAUGGAACUUGAGGAAGAAUUGAAGGUCGUCGGUAACUCGUUGAAAUCCUUGGAAGUGUCCGAGGAGAAGGCCAACCAACGCGUUGAGGAGUUCAAACGCGAGAUGAAGACUCUGUCUGUGAAAUUGAAGGAAGCCGAACAGCGCGCCGAACAUGCUGAGAAGCAAGUGAAGCGUCUGCAGAAGGAGGUCGACAGGCUAGAAGACGAAUUGGGCGUCAACAAGGACAGAUACAAGUCGCUCGCCGACGAGAUGGACUCCACAUUCGCCGAAUUGGCUGGUUAUUAAAGUGUCCAUUAAGUGAAGACGACAAUGCUUUUCUAAGGAAAAAGUUCGCUUGUAGGGUUUUCGCUUUUGGAGUCAAACAUCCAUGUGCAACAACAAUCACAACAACAAAUUGUAACCUGUAAAUUUAAUAUAAUUGUAUAAAUGUUAAAAACACCAACAACAUAAUGAAGAAAAACUAAAAUUUAUAAAAAAAUUAUUAACGACAACAACAGCAACAACAACACCUUUAA